CCAAAGCUCUUUGAGCUUGCGGCAGAUGUCAAGCUUCAAUCCAGGAAUUUCAGUGCAGCCAUUGCCUUGUACAAGCACUCAAGGUGUCCUCAUGUGAAGUGCUCAAUCAAGUUUGCUGGCCAAGGGCUAGUAACAGAGUUUCUCACCUACAUGGGAACACUGACCAGUGGCGUGAGUGGGCCAGACCUUGGGGUGGAAGAGCGCCGUAACCUGGCUAACCUCGCCAUCAUAUGUCAUUUGCACCACCUGUGUCUUCCAGGCUCACACAAGCCACCUCAGCAGCAACAAGCCUUGAGAAACUUGCUUCUUUUCCUUAGGGACAAUCAGUACUAUGAUGAAGUACUGGCACUCGCUCUGGCUGCUGGCUCCUGGCGCUGGGAGACCCUGCAAUACCUGGCUGCUUCACGAGGCCUCUAUCUUGAAAAACUACAGCUUUUGAUGGCAUCACAGGCAUCCCCUAUUCUAGACUCAAUUGAACUUGACCAGAUGGGAGGCCAGACCACCAUUGACAGCAUCUCUCCCCUGGCACGAGAAAGGGAGGCUGGCUAUCUGCACUGUGUUUCAGACCCAGAGCUACGUCAGGUCCUCCUCACUCGUCCAACACUGGCACGAAGACACAUUGCCCUCGUGCUGGGGUUGCUCUCUACUCUCGAGGUCCCUGUCCUCCGCCGUCUGGCUGACCUAUACAAUCCAACGCAGCCAGCUAUAAGGCCAUUCCUACAGACAACCAAUGGAAAAAAACAGGCAUUUCUUCCUUUAUCAUCAAUGGUUCACAACUCUUGUCUGCUUGCUUAUGGUAGUGAAGAGCUGGUGUCAGUUGAAGCUUUUGUUGAGGUAUUCCUUUCCAUCAUCAUCCAUCUAAACCAAAGAAGAGGUUGGAUGUACAAUCCUGAGCUCCUAACCUACAAAGUGGAAAUUCCAAAAGAGAUUGUACCAGUGCCAGUGGAUAAAGUACAUCAUCAGGUGUUGGCAUGUGGAUAUGGUCACACUUCACUGAUUAUUGGUGAUGUUCUCUAUACAUGGGGCAGGCCAGACUAUGGUGUUUUGGGCCAUGGGUCUCGAUGCACCACAAACCCUAAGCUUGUAUCAGGUGUGAACGUCUUUCUCCCAGAAGAUCAGGAGCCAAACCUCAAUGGCACCGUCCCCCAUCUUGUAUCUGGCACCAGCCCUUUGACGCCGCUCAUGAAUGGCAGAAGCCAGGCUAGCUUAGUUUCUGAUGGCUCCGAGCCAAGGAUGGUCGCGUACUUUACCCAGAUGAAGGUGCUGAGUGUGGCUGCAGGAAAGAACCAUAUGCUAGCCAUCACAGAUAAUGGGGUCUAUGGUUGGGGUAAUAGCAGGUAUGGUCAGGUAGGCACAGGUAGCACAGGUCGCUAUCCCAGGCCCACCUUGCUAACAAGUCUUGAGGGGAAGGGCAUCGUGAAUAUUGCCUGUGGGCAGUUCCACUCAAUGGCAGUCAGUGAGGAUGGCAAGCUCUAUACAUGGGGUUGGGGGGUCCAUGGGCAGCUUGGGCAUAGUAGCGUGGAGGAUGUGCAGGUGCCCAUGGCCAUUGAGAGAUUAGCCAAAAAGAAAAUUGUUCUAGCACAAGGUGGUUAUGCACACACUGUGGCCAUGGCCUCAGAUGGGUCUGUGUAUGCAUGGGGCUGUGGGACAUAUGGGCAGUGUGGGAAUGGUGGAAUCAUGAAAGUAACAAGGCCUGAGAGAGUCCCCCUCCCUGGGCCUGCAACACACCUUGCUGCUGGGUACUUCCAGAAUAUUGCUGUAACAAAGAACCACAAAGUGUACACAUGGGGCAAUAAUCCAGCCUGCCUUAGGGUACAGGCUCAGCUGCAACGGCGGGCCCGACUAACGCAGCAAGGUGAAGGGGGGAAGAAAGAGAUAGAGAAUGGCAAAAUGAAUGGUGAGAGCAAAGAAGAAAACACCCCUGACAACAAAGUAGAAAAUAGCUCAGGGAUCACUGGAGAAACACCAGAGUUGCAAUCACUAGAUAAGGAUGGGCUCGGCAAGGCUGUCAGUGGUGCUGCUUCUGAAUCUGGAAGCCAAGGCACACUCAGUGAGGGAGGGGAAGCGGAGGUGAUCCUUGAUGACGGUGAAGACACAAUUGCAACUCUGCCCGAAGAUGAGGAGGAGGCAGAGGGCAAUGGAGGUGCCAAAUCUUUCAUUAUUUCCCCUGAACCCUCUCCAGAGAAGGCAUCUGAGGUCAGGAUAGGGAACGAUGAUGACAGAGAGAAAUCUGAUGAGACCAGCAAUGCGGACAGCACAAACAACAGCCAGAGCUCAAACCCACCUCAAGAAAACACCAGUGAAGGAAAUUCCAACAGUAGUUCAAAUAGUAAUGGGAAUUCACUGUCUUAUAGUGGGAGUAGGGCUGUUACCGCAAACACUGUUCCAUCCUGUGACCCAAGUGACUUGGGCCACCUGUUACCUCAGGAGGUGGAAAUGCCCCAUGGGUUCGGAGCAGUGAGAGCUGUUGCCUGUGGUAGCCAGCAUUCCAUCCUUCUAACUACUCACGGUGCACUCUAUGCCUGGGGAAGGAACAUGUCUGGGCAGUUAGGAACUGGAAACAGGAGAGAGGUUUUGAGCCCAACACGCAUACUGGACGAUGCUUACGUCACCAGCAUUGCUUGUGGGGCUGACUUUACUCUGGCCCUUGAAUCUCAGGGACAGUUGUGGGGAUGGGGAUCUAACUACUAUUCUCAGCUUGGGAAAAGUAACACCCCUGAGGAGGAUAAGGGACAGGCAGGACGUGUGUUCAUGCUCCGCACCACAAAGCGUGUUCUCAAGGUUCCUCAUAGCGUCCACUCAAACUGCGAAACCCCAAGAGUCGUAAACGGCCUCCCACCGCACCCACACCCUCCACCUCAUCACUAUGCAGCGGCCAACAAUAAUCAAGAGAAGCCGACAGGAGGAGCCCACUGGUGGCUGAGCCGAGUCAGACUAGAAGCCGUGGAUGGUCACCAGGAGAGCAAAGGGGGUUCAAAAUCAGAUGAUGUAGACGAUGGAGCUUAUGCCGACCGCACUCUCCACACUGCCCUUACGUUCCUCCAUGGCAGUUACAAUAUCAAGAACCUUACAAGUAUGCUCCAAGAAACAAGAGCUCACCAGGCCCUAGCAACAGUGUACACCCUGGAACGGCAGUACAGUCAGGCUAUGCACCACCACCUCUGUGCUCUCUUGAAACAAAGUGGUGAACUGUACAAGUUGGAAGGAAAAGAGAAAUCAAGCGAGCUUGAGGGAGGAGACAGAGGAGAGAAGGAGGCUAAUUGCUCUAGUCCAGAAAAACACAAUGGUACUCCACCUCCAGAUAAAAGUCUAGUAAGUGAAGCAGUAAGAAUAAUUGAUCACUAUUUGAAACUACAAACAGAAGAGUCACAGACAGGAAUGAGACACGUUCUACAGGAAGGCAUUUCACUCUGGCUCUCACAUUCUUUACCUCUGGCCCAGCUGGAGGACCUUCUCUUGACACACCUUCCUCGUACUGUCUAUCCUCUGGCUCUAUUGCUUUUUGGUGAUGGUGCAGUGACAGACAGCAAAGAGGGGGCAGAGGAUGCUACAGAAGACCCAGCCAUGAAAGUACUUGGUCAGCUUUCCACCAAAUUCUGUCUCAAUCUCUGCUCUUCAGUUAUCAAUCAUCUCCAGGCUGGAGGUGCAGGUGGGGAGUAUGUAGAGCUGUUGGCACAGGUUAGUGGUAUACAGCCCAGUGCUGAUGCCAGCCAGGGUGGCAGGGCUGGCAAUGAGGACUCUAGUCAGCUGGAUUUAGCAGUAGAUGCUCUAAACAAGAAGGCACCUGACACCAUCAAUCUGAACAAGGAAGAUAUUGCCAAACUCCAAAAAGACGAUGCCUUUGUGGGCAAGAAAACAGAGGCAAGAGGCUCCAUAAGUGGGUCCUCCCAGAAGCAGAAAGGGGGAAAGGCAGCAAAGGAACCUGAGAAAGACUGUGUGCUUUUCACCUGUGGGCAUCACUUCACAAACAAGGAUUUCAAGACCCGUGUAUUACCUCAAAUGGAGACAUCUGUGAUGUCGGUUCCUGGACUUCUGGGGAAGACAGCGAGAGUUCUUUUAGACCAGUAUCACAGCGACCAACCUGAGAUGGCCUGCCCACAUUGUGUGCUUGCUCAUCUCACAAUUAAGCUAACAAAGCACAAGCAAACCAACUAAGGGAAUGAUAAUCAGGACUGCUGUCUGAAGAGUGUGAUAACUUUUAUUUUAUAUUGAUUGUUUUUUUUUUUCUUCUUCUUCUUCUUCGUCUUUUUCUUUUUCUUUUGUUUUUUUUUUUCUCUCUCUCUCUUCUCCUCCUUCACCUCCUCCUCCUCCUCCUCCUCCUCUUCUUAGUGAUACUGUGGUUAGAAAUACAUAUAUUGUUUCUAUGAGAGGGAAAAGGUAGAGGUGUGGGGUCAUCAGAGGGGUUUUAGAUGACAUAUCGAGAGUAUUUUGAUUACAGUAUAGAAUGUAAUGGAUUUUUUUUUCUCUUUCUCUUUCUCUCUCUCUCUCUCUCUCUUUUUUUGAGGACUUAUUUUAGCAACACUCAAAGCACAAGGGCAAAAAAUAAUUUAGGCAGGAUUAGUCAUGGUCACAAGUGCUACUUAAUGUGAGGUAGUUUAGCCUCUGGAAAUAGAUUGUUUAUCUUCAAAUUAUUGUUUUAAGGAAAGGAUUUAUCUGACUAGGAUAAUGUCUGUAGUGACAAUUGUGUGUGGUGUGUUCAGAUACCAGAUUUUUCUAUAAACUUCAAGCUAGAGCUGAGUGUUUUUAACAAUUUAUAUAUAUAGGUAUAUAUAUAUAUAUAUAUAAAGAGUCUGGAAAAGCCAUGGUUAACAUCCAGACUUUGGAAAGUUGUGAUGUGUACUGCACUGUGAGACGAGUCACAGAGUCACAGGUGCAACCACAAAAAUUCCUUAGUAAUUCAUGAAUAUACAAAUAACAAGUGAAAUAAAUGUUAAUGAAAAGAACCUGAAGAUAAAAUUGAUAAAGGAAAACUUUCUGUUGACAGUAAGGAUAAUGGGUUCAGGGGAGAUUUUUAUGUAUAUAUCUUUUACAUCUCAAGAUAUCACUCACUUUGUAAUGCACUUUUACAAAUUCAUAAACAGGCAAGUAGACACAUUCAGACAUACAUGGACAUGCAAGCACAGCUUUUUAAUCCCCAUUUAAGUUUUCAUGCUGUCGUUUUCCUUACAUUUAUGAAUCUUCAAAGAAUGCUUUCAUUUAAAGGAUUGAUCCUUGUUCCGUGAGAUUAUUAGCUGAUUUUAAAUUACUUAAAAUUUUUCUCAAAGAGAUCUGGAUAUGGAGAUUAUACAGUUUUGACAGGCAGUGUGUAUACAUAGAGAACUAUUCAAUAGUUUGUCUAGUUGAUGUGAUUUGUACCAUACAGAUAUAGCCUCUUUCCAGGGUUAUAUCUAUGUGUUCAUUGAACUUGGAAAAUUGAAGAUAGAAAGCUUGGGCCAUAAUUAUGCAGGGCUAGAUACUUAUGCUUUGUGUGCAUGAUAAAAUGUGUGCAUACACUUAUGCAUGAAUGUUUUUAUGCUUAUGAGCUUUAGAUUUGUCUUUUCAGUAUUUUAGAUGUGAAAUCUUGUUUGAUGACCUGUGACAGUUCUAGAAAAUGGAAGAUGGACGGUAAAGAAAAUGGAGUGGGUAAAUGAGAGCUCUUUGUUUUAAAAAUUUCAGCAUCCUCUCCAAAUGAAAAUUCCUUGAAUCUAUGUGUCCUCUUUGGCUCUUUGUGAUUUUUCUAGGAAUUUGGAUAUUUGCAUGGUGUUGGAGAAAGGUGAUGGAGAGGAGUGCCUGUGUGAUACCAUUACCUUCAUGAAAACAUAAGAAAAACAAAACCAGAGGCAGACCAUUUCAAAUUCCCAUUUCACCUCUGACCAUAUGCAAAAGAGCAACAGUUUGUUCUGUACCGUUUGCAGUUCUUUUGAUAACAGCAACAACAAAAAACAGUAUACACACAAACAAGUGUCAUAGCAUUCAGAAAUAGUAUAGACUGAUCAAAAGUGGUGGAAACAGAUAUACAGACACAUUCACACAUAUAGCAUCCACAUGAAACAGAAUCCUCAUUUGCAGUACCUGUCUUUUGAUCUGAAUUAUUAUAUAUUCACUUGGAUUUCCAAUAUUAAUUUAGCAUCUGUGGCAAUGCAUACAGUCCUAAGCAAAUACUGAUUCUUAUGAUUUUUAUAUUGCUAUCUGACCAUAGCUAUAGUAAUAUCAUAGAUACCACAACAGCCUGUGAUUUGCAGUAUGUAUGAUGAUAUGCAUACAAUUUAUGUAAGUGCAUACAUAAUAUAUACAUAAUCUUAUUUGCAAGUUACUUGCUUCAGCAUCCUUUUGGCUGGCUAUUUUGAUUCUUUCCCGAUGCCCUAAUUGUCUGCGGUAUUCAGAAGAAUUAUGUGGCCAAGUGUCCUAUUUUGAUUUAACCAUGCCAUGGCCCCCUAAACAAAACAAAAUAUGUGUUUUGUUUUUUCUUGCUCCCUUGAUUGCUAGAGAGAUUUGCUGUCCCCGGAAGCUAUCUGGAACUCAUUUCUCUCUAGUUAUCUAUGACAUUUUCCUACCCAAUAUAUAAGAGAAGCAGAUGCUGCUUAGUAAGAUAGACAUUACAGCAUUAUGUUCUAGGUUUAGACAAUAAGAUAACUAUGGUUUUCUUAUUAUUUAUUGGUGCUAUUAAUUUCUUGCUCUUUUGUUAGAAGGUCUUUUAUUUUAAACUUGUCAGAUGCAUUUGAAGUUUAGACUAGAAGUUUAUCUAAUUUAGAUAAACCCUUAAGGAAAUAAGAUAAAUGUUUUUGUUUGUUUUUAUUCAUGAAGUUUUAUUUGGGAGGAAAAGGGAGGCAUAUAUACUUAAUGUUUUUUUCUUUCCUUCUUAUCUUUUUUGUAUCUAGAGAAAUUCUCUCAAGGAAGUAAACUGCUUUAUGUACUAUGGUACUUACAUACAUAUGUUUGUGUGUGUGUGUGUGUGUG